AUGUUCUGCACCCAGGCUGAGAAGUCAGCAUUCCCAAUGAGUGGAGCUUUUCGUUUCCUUUGGACUGCCUGUUUUUUCGCUUCUCUACUGAGUCAGCAAGGAGCUGAAUCCUUUCAGUGUGGGAACGGGGUCUCUCUGCCCCCUGACCAUGUGUGUGACUUCACAGACCAGUGUGGGGACAACAGUGACGAGCAGCAAUGCCUGAAUUAUGAAAGAUGUGACUUUGAGGAUGGACUCUGCAGUUUGAAGCAGGAUCAGAGUCUGCAGCCUGGUUGGACAAGAAGCAGUGGGAUGACUGGCCCCUCGCCUCCCUUCAGUGAUCAUAACGGUGACAUAGCUGCGCAUUUUCUGACAUUGGUCUCUGGGGUGGAUUCUAUUUCUUCAAAUGUAAGGAGCAGAGUUUUCCUUCCAACAAAUGGCCAACAAGUUUGUCAGAUCACAUUUUAUGACUUCUCCAGUCACCCGAAUGGUACAUUGAUAGUGGGUCUUCAAACUGGAUGUGACCAGCCUAUUCAGCACGUGUGGCGAAACACAAUGACGCCCCAAAAUCAAUGGGAGAGAAAUGCCAUCCAAGUCCAGAGCUCACAGAAAUUUCAGGUUGUUUUUCAAGGUCAAAUGGUUGCAGCUCACGAACAGGAGGAAGUUAUAGCUGUUGAUGACGUAUCUUUUAGUUCGGGCUGCUUGCCUGCAGAGGUAUGCCAGGUCUGUGGAUUUGACACUGACAUGUGCAACUGGGCAGACGAGGCCUCUGUUGGGCAAAGCUCCUGGAUGUGCACAAAAACAAGCAAGGUCCAUUCGCCAGACUCCACACCCAGGAGGGAUCAAAGUGGCGAUGAUGAAGGUUGCUGUGUGUGGAUGAGGGUCAAUCCUGCUUCUGCACUGGGGUGCUUAGAGAACAGGCUGCGUAUAAACAGCUCUGCAUGUCGCUGCUCGGGCAGCAGCUGCCACCUUCAGUUCUAUUACAUCAUGGAAAACAGUGCUCUGAAAGUAGGGCUGCAUGAUGACAAGGAAGAAGAAGCAAUUUGGACAUUCAACACAUCAACUCACAGCAAAUGGGUAAAAGCAAAUGUGGUCCUACCAGAAGGUCUGAAGACAUUUAAGAUAGUUUUCGAAGGUGCUGUUUUGAGCCAGAGAAGUUUUAUUGGGCUGAACCAGCUGUUGGUCUGUGCCUGUGGACACGCUCACUCCCUGCAGCUUUCUUCUGCUAGUGAAUUCACUUGUGCCAGUGGCCAGUGCCUUGCUCAAGCAUCAGUCUGUGACUCUGGACACAACCACUCUAAGGGGAGAGAUGAAGACCCAGCAAUAUGCCCAGAUCAUCUUACCUGGGACUUCGAGUCUGGUUUCUGUGGCUGGGAGCCACUUUCUGCAGAUGACUCACACUGGGAGGUGGCGAAAGCGGUGGGCAGUGGACAGCACGGUUUCCCGGAAGCUGCUCACACAGGGAAUGCAGGCUCAGAGUCAUUUCUUUAUUUCGGGCCACAGCCGUCCCCUGGGGUAGCCAGGCUUGGAAGUCCUGUUCUCAAGAAAUUGCACACCAGCUCUGCUCCAUGUCAGGUGCAGUUUUGGUAUCUUUUGUCUGAGCAUUCCAGACUCUCUGUUUUCACAAGAACAUCAUUAGAUGGCAGUUUGCAAAAGCAGAGUGAAGUGACCAGACUCUCAGAAUCUCAGUGGAGCCAAGCAAAAAUUGAUCUCUAUGCAGAAGAUGGAGAAUCUAUUCUGCCUUUCCAGUUAAUUUUAGAAGCUACUGUUUUGUCUUCGAAUGCUACGGUUGCUGUAGAUGACAUCAUUAUUUCCCAGGAAUGUGGAAUUUCCUAUAAAUCACUACCAGGUACCAGUAUAGAAAACAAAGUGGCUGAUUGCGAUUUUGAAGUCAACAGCUGUGGAUGGUUUGAAGCCAGCGGGGGUGACCAUUUCGACUGGGUGUGGAGCUCCAGAAGUGACCUGCCUGCAGAUUUUGAGCAACAGGCCCCACCUGGGGAUCACACCCACGGCACAGCACAAGGGCAUUUCAUGUUCAUCCUGAAAAAGAGCAGCAGCUUGUCUCAAAUUGGUAAACUCCAGAGCCCAACGUUCAGCCAGACGGGGCCUGGAUGCACACUGUCAUUCUGGUUUUAUAACUAUGGUGUGUCAGUGGGGGCAGCUGAGUUACAGCUCCAUCUAGAAAACUCCAGUGACUCCACAGCCCUCUGGAGAGUGCUGUAUAACCAGGGCAACCAAUGGUCAGAGGCUACUGUCCAGCUAGGGCGUCUCACUCAGCCCUUCCACCUGUCACUAGACAAAAUCAGUCUGGGAGUUUACAGAGGUGUCUCUGCUGUGGAUGACAUCCGAUUUGAAAACUGUGAUCUUCCUCCUCCUGCUGAGCGCUGUGAAGGGCCAGGUGACUUCUGGUGUGGACAGACCAAGGCUUGCAUAGGAAGGCAGUACCUCUGUGACCUGGUGGAUCACUGUGGAGAUGGCUCCGAUGAGGAUAACUGCACACCUGAACUGCAGUGUGACUUUGAAAGUGGCAUGUGUAACUGGGAACAAGGUAAAGAAGACAACUUCGAUUGGACCAGGAACCAGGGUCCAACUUCAACCAUUGACACAGGCCCGAUGAAGGAUCACACUUUGGGCACAGCUAAAGGACACUACCUCUACAUAGAAACUUCUGAACCACAGGUUUUCCAAGACAAAGCCAUUUUGCUCAGCCCAGUUCUUAAUGCCACCAAAGCGGAUGGUUGCACCUUCCGCCUGCACUACCACAUGUUCGGGAAGCGUAUUUAUCGGUUAGCCAUCUACCAGAGAGUCUGGAGCAACUCCAGGGGCCAGCGGCUGUGGCAGAUAUUUGGGAACCGAGGCAACAGAUGGAUAAGGAAAGACCUCAGCAUUUCCAGCAGGCAGCCAUUUCAGAUCUUGGUGGAGGCAUCAGUGGGAGACGGCUUCACUGGAGAUAUAGCAAUUGACGACCUGUCAUUCAUGGACUGUACUGUCUACCCAGGUAAUUUGCCAGCGGACAUUCCAGCCACACUAGAAACUUUAGUUUCUGUGACCUUGCCUCCAAACAACUGCACAGACGAUGAAUUUGUCUGCCUGUCUAAUGGGCACUGUGUUGGAAAAAUUCAGAAAUGUGACUUCAGAUACGACUGCCUCGACAAAUCAGAUGAAUCAUCCUGUGUUAUGGAGGUUUGCACUUUUGAAGAGAGAAGCUUAUGUAAAUGGUACCAGCCAAUUCCAGAAAAUUCACUUCACGGUUCAAAUACGUUCAGUUGGGGACUCGGCAAUGGGAACAGUAUUCAUUAUGGAGAAGAAAACCACAGACCAUCAGUAGAUCACACAAAAAAUACCACAGAUGGUUGGUACCUGUAUGCUGAUAGCUCAAAUGGGAAAUUUGGUGACGUAGCUGAUAUCCUCACUCCUGUUAUCUCUCUCACUGGACCGAAGUGUACCUUGGUGUUUUGGACACAUAUGAACGGUGCCACAGUGGGUUCUCUCCAGGUACUCAUCAAGAAAGGCAAUGCCACUUCUAAAGUGUGGGCCCAGAGUGGACAGCACGGUGCGCAGUGGAAGAAAGUAGAAGUCUUUUUAGGGGUCCAUUCCCAUGCAGAGAUUGUCUUCAGGGCAAAACGUGGUGUCAGUUACAUAGGAGAUGUGGCGGUAGAUGACGUUUCCUUUCAAGAUUGCUCCCCCUUGCUUCCCACAGACAGGAAGUGCACAGCUGAUGAGUUCAUGUGUGCUAACAAGCACUGCAUCCCAAAGGACAAGCUGUGUGAUUUUGUGAAUGACUGUGCGGAUAAUUCAGAUGAGACCACGUUCAUCUGCGGUAUUUCUAGUGGACGCUGUGACUUUGAAUUUGACCUUUGUGCCUGGGAGCAGGAUCAGGAUGAUGACUUUGACUGGAUCCUGAAAGCUAGCAACAUUCCAACUACAAGCACCGAGCCAGCUGUAGACCACACUUUGGGGAAUUCAUCUGGUCAUUACAUCCUUAUAAAGAGCUUCUUCCCACAGCAGCCCAUGAAAGUAGCCAGAAUAUCAAGCCCAUUUAUAAGCAGGAGAAGCAAAGACUGCAAGAUCAUUUUUAACUGUCACAUGUAUGGAACUGGCCUUAGAGCCCUGUCCUUGCUCCAGGUUUCAGUUUCAAACCAAACAAAGGUCCUUUUUAAUCUCACUGAAGAACAAGGCAAUUUUUGGCAGAGAAAGGAAAUAUGGCUGUCUAGUGAUGAGGACUUCCAACUCAAGUUUGAAGGCAGAGUUGGGAAUGGUCACCAUGGUAACUUCGCACUUGAUGACAUUGUGCUUACAAAUGGCUGCCUGUCAUCCCGUGGCUUGGGGAAUCAAAAAUUGGCUGUGCCUCUCCUAACAGAGUUUUGCCCACAUGGUUAUUGGGAAUGUCAGAAUGGCAGAUGUUAUAGUCCAGAGCAAAGCUGUGAUUUUGCGGAUGACUGUGGAGAUAACACUGAUGAAAAGGAAUGUGGUGGCUCCUGUACUUUUGAGAGAGGAUGGUGUGGCUGGAAAAACUCCCUUGCUGAAAACUUUGAUUGGGUUUUGGGAAUUGGCUCUCAUCAAAGCCAACGGCCUCCCAAAGACCACACACUUGGAAAUGAAAGUGGUCACUUCUUGUAUUUGGAGGCUACUCCUGUGGGCCUUCGCGGCGACAAAGCCCACCUCAAGAGCACCAUGUGGCGAGAGUCCAGCGCUGCCUGCACCAUGAGCUUCUGGUAUUUUAUAUCUGCGAAAGCCACAGGGUCUAUUCAGAUUCUCAUUAAGACAGAAAAAGAACUAUCAGAAGUAUGGCAAGCGCGUAAGCCAAACCCUGGUAACCACUGGCAAAAGGCUGUCAUCCUGCUGGGAAAGCGAAGGAAGUUUGAAGUCAUCUUUCAAGGCAUCAGAACAAGGGACUUAGGAGGAGGAGCUGCAAUUGAUGAUGUAGAAUUUAAAAACUGUACAACCGCUGGAGAAAUCUCUGAGAUUUGCUCAGAAUCCACGGAUUUUCUGUGCCAGGACAAGAAGUGCAUUGCAUCCCAUCUCGUUUGUGACUACAAGCCAGACUGCUCCGAUAGAUCUGAUGAAGCUCAUUGUGGAUACUAUACAAGCACUCCAGGAAGCUGCAAUUUUGAAACAGCCUCAGGAAACUGGACUGCAGUCUGUGGACUCACACAAGAUCCUGAAGAUGAUUUAGACUGGGCCAUUGGCAGCACAGUUCCUACUGAAGCCCUAAGUCCAGCCUCAGACCAUACGCCAGGUAGUGGCGGGAAUUUCCUGUACAUCCACUCUUCUCUCCUCAAAGAAGAAUCCACUGCAAGAAUCAUGACUACGAAUUCCUUCCCAGCAAGCCUUGGAGUGUGUUUUGUCCGGUUCUGGUUCUACAUGGUCAGUCCCCAGAAUACAGGAAUAUUAAAGGUAUAUAUCAUUGAGGAGUCAGGACUAAAUAUCCUGCUGUGGUCCACGAUCCAAACUAAAAACACUGGAUGGACCUACGGACAUGUGACUCUCUCUAGUCACAGCCCAUUCAAGGUGGCAUUCGAAGCUGACUUGGGUGGAAAGGAUGGCUCCAUUGCCCUUGAUGACAUCACUUUCACCCCUGAGUGUGCAUCUGCAGGUCCUUUUAUACCACCACCGUUACUCUGUGAAGAUAAUCAGUUUCCUUGUAUCUACACGCUCCAGUGUGUCCCAGCCUCAGGGAAGUGUGAUGGACAGGAAGACUGCAUAGACGGAUCUGAUGAAAUGUCCUGCCCUCUCAGACCCUCUCCUCAGCUGUGCAGUAACAUGGAGUUCCAGUGUUCUGCUACUGAGUGCAUCCCAUCCCUCCUGCUAUGUGACGGAGUGACCGAUUGCCACUUUAAUGAAGACGAAUCUGGCUGCUCCAAUCAAAGCUGUCCUAAUGGAGCUCUGACAUGUACCUCAUCAAACAGCUGCAUCCCAGCUCACCAGCGCUGUGAUGGUGUGGUCCACUGCAUGGACUUCCGACUUGAUGAGUCUAGCUGUUCAGAGUGUCCCAUAAAUUAUUGUAGAAAUGGUGGAAUUUGUGUGGUUGAGAAAUAUGGUCCUGUGUGUCGAUGUGGACAAGGAUGGACUGGAAAUCGGUGCCACGUCAAGUCAGGCCCUCCUGCCUCAGAUUUCCUGAGCACUCAGAACAAUAUAUGGACUCUGCUGGGCAUUGGGUUCGCAGUCCUCACGACCCAUGUUGCUGUUGCCGUCUUGUAUUUUAUUGCAAACCGACGGGGGCUAGUGAGGAAAUCCGAGAGGAGAGCCAACUGUGCCUUUGUCAAUCCAGUUUAUGGUAAUUGGAGCAACAGAGAGAAAACAGAGGGUUCCAGCUACUCCUUUUCAAAUCCAUUUUAUGGCACAACACCAGGAAACCCGGAAACAGUGUCUCCUCAUCUCAAACCCUAGCAUCAAAAUCACACUUGAUCAAAUAAGUGUUUAUAGAAAAUUCUGUUCUUCAAACUGAUUCUACAUGAAGUGAAAAAAAGAGAAAAGAUUCAAAUGUCAUGUGAUUAUAACAUGCUAAAUGUUUUCUUACUGAAUAUUUGAAUGUUUCUAUGGAAUCACAGUCAUUGCU